AGCGACGAUCAGACACCAUCCACAACGAUCUGCAACGAUCCGCAACGAUCCGCAGACGAGACCCAACAGUGAUAUCUGGCAGAGGGGCGUCAGCAGCACGCACACCGCAUCUCGUAUCUGACAUAUCCAGCCGCAUACCCAGACCCCACGGACCUCCCCCGACAGCAGCAUGGGCAAGCACACAGACAAACUCUACAUCACGCACUCCGAGUGGGCGACGGAUUUCGGCGGCGCCAAGUCAUCGCAGCCGAAAUCCAACUUCAAGCGGCUGCCGUUCUUUUGCUGCUCGCUCUCGCUCCAACCGGUGGAGCAUCCGAUGUGCACGCCUGAAGGUAUCGUCUUUGAUCUUGUCAACAUCGUGCCGUGGCUGAAGCAAUACGGCACCAACCCCGUCACGGGCGAGAAGCUCGAGGCCAAGCAGCUCUUUCGGCUCAAGUUUCAUAAAAACGCCGGCGACGAGUACCACUGCCCCGUCACAUUCAAGGUUUUCAACGAGCACACUCACAUCGUGGCAAUCAAACCGACGGGCAACGUCUAUGCCUUCGAGGCGGUCGAGAAGCUCAACAUCAAGACGAAGCACUGGGUGGACCUGCUUGAGGAUGUUCCAUUUACCCGCAAGGACAUUAUCACCAUCCAGGACCCACACAACCUGAGCACCAGAAACAUCUCGGAUUUUCACUACCUCAAGAACGACCUCAAGGUCGACAACCCGGACGAGGAUGCCAAAAAGUCCAUGGUCUCGUACAAGAUCAAGACCACCUCGGGGACAGCCUCCCGGGUGCUCUCGGAACUGUCCAAGGGCGCCGGGGACACCGAUGACCUGACCAAGUCCCCGGCCGGGGCCUCGGCUGCGUUGACGCCGGCAUACGAGAAAAAGGAGAAGAAGGCAUACAACGCCGCGCACUACUCGACCGGAGCCGCAGCCAUGUCGCUUACAUCAACGGCUAUCGACGUGCAGACUCGCAACGAGGCCGCCAUCAUCGACGAUGAGGAGUACAUGCUCACACAUGUAACUGGGGUUGGAUACGCGCAGUUGGUGACCAACGUGGGCAACAUCAAUCUGGAGCUGUUCUGCAAGGACACGCCGCGGGCCUGCUACAACUUUAUCACACUGGCAAAGCGAGAAUACUACGCCGGAACCAAGUUCCACCGCAGCAUCAAGCACUUUAUGAUCCAGGGCGGCGACCCAACAGGCACCGGCCGCGGCGGCGAGUCCUGCUGGGGCAAAGACUUUGGCGACGAAUUCAAGUCGAACCUGAGCCACAACGCCCGCGGCAUCCUCUCGAUGGCCAACAAGGGCAAGAACACAAACUCAUCGCAGUUCUUCAUCACUUAUCGGCCGUGCACGCACCUCGACAACAAGCACACUGUCUUUGGAAAGGUCGUCGGCGGCAUGGACGUGCUGGGCAAGAUGGAGAAGAUCGAGACGGAUGACCGCGACAACCCGCUGGAUGACAUCAAGCUGAUCAAGGUGAAUGUCUUUGUGGACCCAUUCGACGAGUUUCAGAAGAAGCUGGAGGGCACAAUCAAGGACAGCGCGGGGCCAAAGGACCCGAAGGAGAGCCGCCCAAAGAAGCAGCCCGCGGUGUCGAUCCCAACGCCGAGCGCAUCGACGCAGAUCGGCAAGUACAUCGGGGCUGACGGCGAGGCAGGCAAGAAGCGCGCAUCGACGCUCGAUGACGACCUCAAGUUCAGCGCGGACGUGGGCGGGGUGCAGAUCAAGAAGGCCAAGCCGAGCAAGGGCUUUGGGGAUUUUAGCGGGUGGUGAGCGGCGAUGGGGUUGUUUGAUUUUCGUGCGAAUCCCAAAGCCGAGCAGUUCUGGGGGGCCGCAUCGCAGACGGUGAGCGGCAGAUGGGGAUGCGGGAGCCCGGCGGGUUCCGGCGGAUUCCAGCGGAGCCAUGAUCGUGCUCAAGAAAUACGGGGGCACCAUGGCGAAAUACAGGCGUGCUGACAAGACAA